AUGGGACAAUUCGAUUAUCUGGCCGACCACCCGUGCUCGCGCCUGGAGUUUCUCCCCGUCGAAAUAUUACAGUUGAUUUUCCUGUACAGCCUGGAAAUCAACCUUCCCCGCGCCUCGCCGCACCUCAGCCGCGCCCUCUCCAACCCACUGUUAUAUACAUGGUUGGUCCGACUGGCAUUCAGCAGCACCAACCCAGGCUCACGGGAAGGAUUCUUCACACCGGACUUUCUACCCCCACCGCUAGACUUCUGGGCCCUAUCAUGGCAACAGCGCCAGCAUCUACAAACCACUAUUCUCGCAUGCCGAUGGUGUACAUUACCACUACUCCGACGCUGCCAACGCGAAUACGUGGACCAUGCCAUCCGGCGCAAAUGCGCAGAUCUCGUCUUCAGCGAAGAAGACCAAGCCCGGCUCGCAAACUUGGAUCCAUACUUCUCCAAUCUGUCCCAAUGUGACCGGGCAAUCGACGGCCGCCGUAGAAAAGGCGACCUAGUCCUUCCAGCUUUACACCCCUCAUCCACAUCACGGGUCUACCGCAAAGUCGCAAUAUGGUUCCAUUUCGGCGCCGUGCAAAUCCGCGAACCAAACGAGAUCUACUACGAAACCGACCUCUUCCGCCUCCCGUGUUCCGUGGCAGUAGGACCGGGCCGUAUACCUGAUAAAGUGCUCCGUGCCCCGUGGUCAGAAUCGCAGUUUGAGUUCCUGCAGCUCCUGUCUACGGACUUUUACCUCGAUGAUGAAUUCUCCAAUGACCGCUCGGCGCUCAUCACUACGUACUUGAUUCGCAGUCGCAGAAUUGAGCCUUUUCGACGACUGCUGAGGAUGUAUUUUCGCACGGCGAAUUGCCGUGUUCCUACUCAUUGGCCGUUGCAGGCUUCGCAUUAUGUGCAGAUGAGGAAGCACGGGAGUGGAUCAGGGGAUCCGUUUGCGACCUUCGUUCUUGAUGAACGGUGGGAUGAGAUCCCUGCUCCCACGAAGGAGGAGUUAUUGCGGUAUGUUAAUACCAACUCCAAGGAGUGA